AUGCGUACCACCGCCUUCUUCGUUAGCGCUUUGGCCAGCACCGCCUUUGCCGGCGUUGUCACCCAGAUCUCAGACGGUCAGAUCCAGGCCCCUGUCACUGAGGCUGCUCCCUCUGCACCCAGCGCUACUGCCUCUGUCACUUCCGCAGUCGAGUCGAUCUCCAGCGCCAUUGCUUCCAGCAUCGUCGCCUCCGUCUCUUCGGCUGUCGAGUCAAGCGUUGAGGUCUCACCCGCCGCUGCUUCCUCAGCCCUCUCCACUCGCAUGCCCGUUCCUAUCAUCAACGCUACCACCGUCACUUCCGAGGCCGCUGGCAGCACUCCUGUUGCUAUCUUGCCCUCUGCCGGUGUGAGCACUGUCGUUGCUGGUGGCAACUCCACAUCCAACGGUACCAUCUCUUCGCAGAGCCUGAAGGCAUCUUCCACUCUUGCUUCUUCCAGCAGAAGUGGAGCUGCUUCCGGUACUGCUGGAUCUUCUGCCAGCGCUUCUGCAUCUGGCAAUGCUGCCGCUAGCGUUCACCAAGCCGGCACUGGCAUGAUCGGUGCUGUCAUCCUUGGUGCCCUUGGUUACCUCGCUCUCUAA